UACAACCCGAUUAGAUCACUUAACCUAAAAAACCCAAAAAUCCCCAAAUCGUUUUUUCCCUUUCCAUCGACGAACCCUAGAUCCCUAAAUUGAUUCUUCUUUCUUCGAAUCGUUUUGUUAUCUCUUGCUCUUGGCUCUUGGGAUGGCGUUAGUCCCCGUUGUUAAUCCACCUAUUGGAGUGGAGUUCGACGAGGAAGGCGAGGAUCGAGAUGAAUUUCACAUCGAUAAGCUUGCGACAGAUUUUACAGAAACGGAGGAAUCGAUUCGUCAUAACGUGUAUCCAGAGAGUGACGACGAGUCUGAGGGUAAUGGUCGUGGUGGUGCCGCGCGUGGGGGGACACCGAUCGUUCGUGGCGAUGGUAUAAUGUAUAAAGGGCAGAGAUUCUACAAUGGAAUCGCGUUUAAGGAGUGUGUGACUGACUAUGCACUGGCAACAGGUUGUAAUCUGAAGCAAUACAGGUACGAUAGAGAUAGAAUCGGGUUUAGGUGUGUUGGUGCUAAGGGAAAAUGUCAAUGGAAAGUUUAUGCUGCGUCUCUUCAUAAUGAGUCGAUGUGGAGGAUUACGAAGUACACGAACACCCAUGUUUGUGUGCCUAAUGGAGAAUGUGAGAUGUUUAAGGUCCCAGUCAUAGCUAGGUUAUUUCUUGAUAAGAUUAGAGAAGAACCAGAUUAUUACAUGCCUUUAAAGAUGGAACAGACCAUAAUGGAGAAGUGGAAGAUAUCAGCUACGAGAGGUCAAUGUCAAGCUGCUAGGAGAAAGGCAUUGGCAUGGAUAGCGAGUGAAUAUGACACUCAAUUUGAACGUCUUCGAGACUAUGGAGCUGAGAUAUUGGAAGCAAAUCAAGGGUCUGUGGUAGAGAUUGAUACGGUGAAGAAUGACGCUGGUCAUGAUGUGUUUAAGCGAUUCUAUGUCUGCUUUGAUGUUCUUAGGAAAACAUGGAAAAAAACCUGCAGGCCACUAAUUGGGGUUGAUGGUUGCUUCUUGAAGGAAAAGAUUAAGGGUCAGUUGUUGGUGGCUUUAGGAAGAGAUGCAGACAAUGCUAUCUAUCCAAUAGCAUGGAGUGUUGUUCAGGUUGAGAACACAGAUAAUUGGAGCUGGUUUGUGAAUAGGCUGAAGAUAGACUUGGAGUUAGGUGAUGGAGAUGGUUACAUUAUGGUUUCUGAUCGCCAAAAGGGAUUGAUUAAGGCUGUUGAGUUAGAAUUACCAAAGAUUGAGCAUCGUAAAUGUGUUAGGCACAUUUAUGGUAACCUAAAGAAGACUCAUCCAGACAAGAAGCAAUUGAAGAAACUGCUUUGGGAUCUAGCUUGGAGCUACAACACUAGAGAUUACGAAGAGAGAUUGGAGAGGAUUCACGCAUAUGAUAGCAAGGUCUAUGAAGAUGUCAUGAAGACUAAACCAAAGACAUGGUGUAGGGCAUUCCACAAGAUUGGCAGCUAUUGUGAGGAUGUUGAAAACAACUCAGUGGAGUCUUUCAACAAUACAAUCAACAAGGCGAGAGAGAAACCAUUUGUGGCUAUGUUGGAGACUGUUAGAAGGCUUGCCAUGGUUCGAAUUGCUAAACGGUCUGCUAUUUCUUAUUCACAUGAAGGAUUAUGCACUCCUUAUGUGACCCGUUUCCUUGCUGAUGAGCAUAAGGCAGCUUCUACAUGCUUUGUAUCUCCCAGCACAAAUGGAGCGUAUGAAGUUUACUUGGGAUACGAUAAACACCGAGUUUGUUUAAAUGCCAGAACUUGUACCUGCAUGAAGUUUCAGAUUUGUGGAAUCCCAUGCGAACAUGCUUACGGACUGAUGAUCAAGAAGACAUUGGUAGCUGAAGACUAUGUGUGUGAAUGGUUCAGAACUGCUAAGUGGAGACAGAACUACACAGACGGGCUUGUUCCACAAAGAGGUCCACGCUUUUGGCCUUCCACUGGGGGUGAGAAUGUGUAUCCACCUCCAAAGCCGGACGAUGAGAAGAUCGACAAGAAGAGGAAGAAAGGUGUUAAUGAGUCACCUACCAAGAAGCAACCAAAGCAAAAGAAAAGAAUCAUGCAUUGUGGGAUUUGUGGUGCAGCUGAUCAUAACUGUAGGUACCACCAGAAGAAGAAGAAUAAGAAGAAUACAACACAAGUGGAAUCUUCUCAAGGUUGUCUCACUCAAGAGAAAUAAUGUGGGAUGGAGGAUUAGCAUAA